AUGGUCAGAACGUUGUUACCCACACUGCAGCCCCCCUUCUCCACACUGUCGCCCAAUCUCCACACAGCAGUUCAACCAUCUCUCAACACAGUCACCCCAUCUCCACACUGCAGUCACCCCUCUCCACACAGCAGUUCCCCCUCUCCACACAGCAGUUCCCCAUCUCAACACAGCAGUUUCCCCACCCCACACAGUCGCCCCAUCUCCACACAGCUGUUCCCCAUCUCCACAAAGUUGUCACAUCUCCACACAACAGUUCCACAUCUCCAAAGAGCAUUCCCCAUCUCCACACAGCAGUUCACCCCUCCCAACACAGUCGCCCCAUCUCCUUACAACAGUUCCCCCUAUCCACACAGCAGUACCCCAUCUCAACACAGCAGUUCCCCCUCUCCAAACAGUCACCCCAUCUCCACAAAGCAGUUCCCCAUCUCCACACAGCAGUUUCUCCACCCCACACAGUCACCCCAUCUCUACACAACUGUUCCCCAUCUCCACAAAGUUCCACAUCUCCACAGAGCAGUUUCCCCUCUCCACACUGUCACCCCAUCUCCACAUAGCAAUUCCCCAUCUCCACACAUCAGUUCCCAUCUCCACACAGCAGUCCCCCCUCACCACAUAGUCACCUCAUCUCCACACAGCAGUUUCCCCUCUCCACACUGUCACCCCAUCUCCACAUAG